UUUUACCAUUAAAUGGGACCCGGGUGGGGGCGGGGGAGGGGGCCGAGGGAGAAGGAAGCCGCCCGGCGAGGCCGCCCAGCCCCCGGCCGUGACUGACGGCUCCGCCGGCCAAUCCGCUCAGCCUCUCCAUCCCGGAGGUGCUCGCCGCAGUGCUCGGGGCCAGGACAUGCGUGACCCGGCCGUAGGGCCCCCGAGCGGCCGCGGAGCGGAGGGCGCCCGGGCCAUGGCGCAGUAGGCGGCCCCCGCGUGACCAGCCGUGCGUGCCCGGCGGACAUGGAGCGCAGCGGCCAGGAGGCGGCGGACAUGGAGCCGGGCGCGGGGCGCGGCCUGGAGGCGGAGGCGGGCCGGGCGGUGAGCCACAGCUGCUGCAUCUGCGGGAAGGGCUUCCCCUUCCAGAGCUCGCUGUCGCAGCACAUGCGCAAGCACACGGGCGAGAAGCCCUACAAGUGCCCCUACUGCGACCACCGCGCCUCCCAGAAGGGCAACCUCAAGAUCCACAUCCGCGGGCACCGCGGCGGCACGCUGGCACAGGCCCAGGAGCCCGAGGCGGGCGAGCCGCGCGUGGCCGAGGGCCUGGGCGGCUGCGCCAGCCCCACCAAGAGCACGUCGGCCUGCAACCGCGUGCUCAAUGGCGCCAGGGUCCUGCUGCGCGGCGGCGGCCGCCGGGACGCCGAGGCAGGGGAGGAGCGCUCCCCGGCCCAGUGCUCCUUCUGCCGCAGCCGCUUCUCGCGCCGCAAGGAGCUGGAGCAGCACGUGCGCCAGGCCCACAAGCCCCUCCGCUGCCGGCUGUGCGGCUACGCGGCGCUGCGCCAGGACUCGCUGCUGAGCCACGUGGAGCGGGACCACGUCGCCGCCGCGCAGGGCCCCGAGCCCGGCAAGGCCGAGCCGCCGGCCGGCGAGUUCCCGUGCGAGGUGUGCGGCCAGGCCUUCAGCCAGACCUGGUUCCUCAAGGCGCACAUGAAGAAGCACCGCGGCUCCUUCGACCACGGCUGCCACAUCUGCGGCCGCCGCUUCAAGGAGCCCUGGUUCCUCAAGAACCACAUGAAGGCGCACGGGCCGCGGGCGGCCGGCAGGAACCGGCCCCGCGGCGAGCUGGAGCCCGUGGCCACCAUCAACGACGUGGUGCAGGAGGAGACCAUCGUGGCCGGCCUGUCGCUCUACGAGGUCUGCCCCAAGUGCGGGAACCUCUUCACCAACCUGGACAGCCUCAGCGCCCACAACGCCGUGCACCGGCGCGCGGAGGCCGGGCGGACGCGGGCCGUGGCCUCGCCUGAGGGCCCCGACGGGGCGCCUGGCUCCCCCGUGCCCGGCUCGCAGCGCCGGUUCCUGCAGUGCUUGAAUUUGCGGCCGGCGGGCACCGCGCCCGCGCAGGGCCCCGUGGGGCAGCGGGUGGCCGAGCUGGACCCCGUGAGCAGCUACCAGGCCUGGCAGCUGGCCACGCGCGGCAAGGUGGCCGAGCCGGCCGAGGCCCUCAAGUACGGCGCCUGGGACGAGGCCCCGGCCGGGGACGUGGCCUUCGACAGGGAGCGGCGGGAGUUCGUGCUGGUGAGCCAGGAGAAGCGCCGGCGGGAGCCUGAGCCCGGCCCCCAGGGGCCCCCGCGGAAGCGCUCUGGAGACCCCGUGCCUGGGGCCCCCGAGCCGCGGCCACCCCCGCGCCCCAGCCGCCGCGCGGCCGCCCCCGCCGGCCAGGGCAAGUCCUCCGAGUGCUUCGAGUGCGGCAAGAUCUUCCGCACCUACCACCAGAUGGUUCUGCACUCCCGCGUGCACCGCCGCGCCCGGCGCCACCUGCCGCGGCCCGGGGAGCAGGAGCCGGGCCGGGCGGCCCGCGGGCGCUGCGGCUCACUCAGCGAGGGCGACUCCCAGCCCAGCAGCCCCGGCUCCCCCGGCUCCGGCCUGGCUGAAGACGCCGCCGAGGAGAGCGGAGAGGAGGGCGCGGCCGGCCCUGCCCCAGGGCCAGAGCCACGUCACUGCUGCGUCUCGGAGGCGGCGGCCCCGGCCGCGCUCUCUAACGGAGACCAGAGCCACCCGGGCGGGAAGAGCUCGGCGGAAAGAGACCCCAAGGAGCCGCGCGCCCGGACGGCGUCCCUCCUCGGGAGCCACGGCCGAGACCCGUGCAGGAGGCCCGAGCAGCCCCGCGGCGCCGUGGACCCGAAGGCGGAGCCCUUCCCGGACGGGGACAGGGAGCCGGCGGCCGCGCCCGACCUGGCCCCGCUGGACCUGAGCGAGAGGUCAACGCGGGGCGGCCGCGGCCCCCGGGAGCUGGCCUCCUCGCUGCAGGCCGCGCUGGCCGUGCACCCCUGCUCCUACUGCAGCCACAAGACUCACUACCCCGAAGUGCUCUGGAUGCACAAGCGGCUGUGGCACCGCGUGAGCUGCCACGCCGUGGCCCCGCAGUGGGUCCCGCCCAACGGGCACCGGAGCAUCCGGAACCACCUGGUGUUCCUGGCGCGCAGCGGGCGCACGGGCCCCCCGCCGGCCCUGGGCGGCAAGGAGUGCCAGCCGCUGCCCAUCGCCCGCUUCUCCCGCACGCAAGUGCCCGGCGGGGCGGGGCCCAGGGGCGGGGCGUCCGCCGUGCCCAAGAGCAAGGAGGGGCCCUGGCCCGCCGGCCCCGAGGGACCCCGCCAGCGCAAGCCCAGCCCCGCGCCCGAGCCGCCCGCCGCCCCGCCCAAGCCCAAGGCCGAGGCCGGUACCCGGGCCGGGCCUGCCCUGGGCAGCGGCGCCCCCCGCGGCGGCCCCCCCACGCCCGGCGUCAUCACCCGCGCGGGGCCCCCGCCCCCGGCCCCCGGGCGGCCCGCGGAGAAGCUCCCCCCCGCGCCCCCGGGGCCCCUGCCCAAGCACAGCGCCCCGGAGCCCCCGAAAGCCAAAUGCAGCCCCCAGCCCCAGGGCCAGCCGCCCGGGAGAGGCGACGGGGGUCCCGCUCUACCUCCCCGCGACGCUCCGGCCAAGGCGGGCGGCGGCUCCCGGAGCAAGGCGGCCCCCGCGGCCCCGCCCGCGCCCGAGGGCCCCGAGAAGCGCCUGGACAUCCUCAGCAUCUUCAAGACCUACAUUCCAAAGGACUUCGCCUCCCUCUACCAGAGCUGGGGCGCCAGCGGCCCCGCCCUGGAGCACAGAGGCGAGAGGCCGUUCUGACCGCCACGCCGGACAGCGCCGCUCGGACACGGAGCCGGACGAGCACCCACCUGGCGCUGGCCACCGUGCAGCCCCGCGGCACCCUUCCCGCGUCCGCGCGCCUCGGCGUGGCCGCCCCGCCCCCGCGCCCCUGGCCCAGGCCUGGCCCUGCCUGUCGGGGCCGGGGCAGACCCGAGUGCCGGGCCGAGACACUGGAAGACGAGACUGCGGGCAGGGGGUGUGGAGCCCCUCGGCCCGCGGAGCCGCCCCCGCCCGGGCGCUGCAGAGGGGCCUGGGGCCGUGGUGCCGGUGUCCGGACGCGGGGGCAGGCGCCCCCCACGGCACCCGCUGAGCCUCGGGGCUCGAGGAAGACCCAGAGAACGGCUCCGCGGUCACUCUCACUCAGGACCGUCCCGUGCCGGCUGCGGAGGAGGCCGCCCGCCACCGAGCCACGGACCCCCGGGGGACCCGCAGCCAUGCAGAACCCGGGACAGAUCCUGGGCCUGGUGCUCUGGGGCCUUCGCUCUCCACCCCGACCCCCUGCUCCCGUGCCGCCCCGCAAACAGGUGCCCUGCCCGGGCCCUGGGCCCCGCCUCUGGGGCCAGCCGUGCCGGCCUCUCCAUACCUCUUCUUCACUCCUGCAGAGGCGCCUUCUGUGGAGGGGGAGGCCGAGCCGUGUGCAGUGCAGGCGGGACGCUGGGUCUCCGCCCUGUGCCGUGACACUGUGUGGCCGUCUCUGAGAGGUCCAGUUUUUGCACAUAUGAUUUUAUGCAUCAUCAGAGUUUCUGCUGCCUUGAAUGAAAACGUCCUGUGAAAUUUUUUGCAAAAGCUUUACUAGGUUUUUUUUUUUUUUUAAUUGUGAGAUAUUUUUUGUAAAGGCAGGUGACGGAUUGGAAAUGAGCAUGCGGAAUAUAUUUUUCAGAGAAGCAAUAAUUUUGCAGUCCAGACGUGACCGUGACCUUUAGUACCAGGGAGAGCGACUGUUUCCUCGGCAGUCACCGGCUCUGUGGCUUCGGCAGAGGACAGGCUGGGGCACGAAGACUCGGUGAAACACCCCGGCGCAGACACGGCCCCCGACGUGCUUUUCCUGUUCCGAUGAUUCCUCGAGUUGUUUUUAUUACUGUUACUGUUGGUGUUGUUAGUUUGUGCUCCUUUCCGGACUCGACUCGUCACCGCAUUACUUGACACCGGGGCCGCUGCCGCCCGACGGCGGCCCUGGCUGGUUCUCUGUGACCGCGGCCCCGGUGAGAGCGACUCUCCGUCCAGACACCGUUUCCACUCACCUCCUGGAUGCUCCGAGUGGUCUCUGCCCUGUGGGUGUCACGGGGCCGGUCCGAGCAGAGGCCGGCCACCCGUGGCCUUGUCGCCGUUCCGAGCGGGCCUGGGGCCCCGUCCCUCUGGCCACCCCAGGGGUCACGACGCCUGCCUGCGUCCCGGAGCCUGGGCCGGCCUCGCGGCGGGGACCGCAUGGACCUCGCGUGGUCGAGCUGUGCCACCGAGCUGAGCGGGCCCUGCCCCGGCAGAACAGCCGACGUGCGCGCACACAUGAGGGUUCCGUGUGGGCUGCGGGCGCCAGGACCCCCCGCCGGCCCCCGCCGGCCUCGGCGUUGUUGCAUCGUUGCAUCGUGUUUCUGCGUUUGUCCGCUCAACCGUAGUAUUUAAUAUGAUUUGUGUUUCCUUAUUUAUUUAGUCCACGUGUCCUGACGCGCUUUGGUUUCCGAUAAUUUGCGAUAACUUGGGAUGAGCCCUGCGGGGCCUCCUGCCAGUCCCCGACUGUUACCGACCUCCUGCUACCUCCUCCCAUCUGCUGUCUCCUUGUGUCUUAACAGGAACGUCACAGUGUUGCUGUCUGCGGUGCGCAGGCAGUGCAGGGCCCGCUUGUCUCUGCUGCAGCCCCCGCCCGGGCAGCCGCCACCUGCAGCCGCGCCCCCGCCCCGGCCCCCGGGAGCUGGACGUUGGCGCCCGGAGUAGUGGGCGCACGCCCACGCUCGGCCCUGUGGGUUUUUGCCUUUUCGGUUUGGAAAAGUAUUACAUGCUUUAAGAGGUUCCCCCAGAUUUGCUUAUUUAUUUUUUGAGAGCAAGAGUGACACUGGUUUACUGACAAGGUGCUCAGGAAGGGGCCGGGGCAGGAGCGAGGUGGGGCCGCGGGCCCUCGCGGGGCCGCGCUCGGGCUCGUGCCGGGCCGUGGCUGCGUGUGGCCGGAGCCCUCCGGGUGUUCAGGCCAGGUCAUCCUUCCUGAAACGGGGCCCGGCCCCCCUGCGUGCAGCAGGCGUGGGCGCGGCCUGGCUCUCCCUGCAGGUGCCCGUGAAGUAGCACAUGUGUUUUACUGCCGGGAACUCGGCGAGUUUCCUCACAGGACAUUCUACUCACUGAGCAAGACCGAGAAAGCCCCCGGCCCCGGGCGGGGGGGCGCCCACAGAGCCCCCGCCCGCACGCGGGGGACGGGCACUUGACAUGUUCCUCCUCCCCACUCCACGACUUACCUUCUGAGGCAGUAAAAUGCAAAAGACCAUAGAGUUUGUAUUUCUUUUUUUAAAAUACAAUUUAUAACAUUAUAUUUUGUACUCUUUAUAUUAGAAUUUGUAACUAGAUCGAUGUAUUUAACUCUAUUUCUGAAAAAGAUAAUUCAAUGUUUCGGUUGUGUGAUAAAGAUAUUUAGAUAAAGCAUAUUCAUUCUAUUGGAAUUUGAAAUAAAUAAAAUCACCUUGGGGUUCUCGA